GCCGAUAAUUGCCGCUAGAUGUCACUAGCAAAUUUACGCAUGUGUCGUAACGUAACUGCUGAUUUUAACUCAAAAUUGAAAUUUACAAAGUUUAUACAAAAAUCUCGUAAUUAAUUGAAGAUAUCUUAUUUAUAUUAAUUUAAAACAUUGUUUAACAUAAUAUCAAACUACAGAGUGUAUAUAUAAUGGAAUUUGAUAUAGUUAAGUAGAACUAUUUAAGGCCACUGCAGAAUUGCAAAAGUGAUCGUUACGAGUACUUCGUAAUUGUUUAUCUCACAAAAAAACAAACACAUGAAUUUCAUGAUAUACAUCUUCGUUUUUUUUGUGAAUUUUUCUCUGGUCAGUGCUCUCUCUGUCUCUCUCUCCCUCUAUUUCAUCCAAUAAUGAUAAAUUUAUUAUUGUCAUUGUAAACAAAGUCUUCUCUAUAUACGUGAGAGUAAAGUAAUAACCAUGGCUCAUAUUACUGAUAAAAUUAUGCGAAUCCUGCACGAAUGUCACCCUAAUAAAGAUGAUUUUAAGGAUAAGACAAAAGGCUCGAGUGACUCAAAAGAGAGAGAAAAAGCAAGAAAGAACAUUGAGAGAGCAAAUUUAGAGAAAAUCAAGUGUAAUACGGAGAAAUUAUUCGCAGAUGCACAAUGUAACUAUGUAGGAAGUAUUGAAUAUGCUAGUUUGAAUAAAAUGCUAGCUCUUUGUAAUUUAGAGAUUGGCAAUGAUAUCACAGCUAUUCAUCAUUUGGUUGAAGCUCAUGCAGUAAUACUUCGACAGCACAUCUUGCAUAGAUAUCAAAAGACUCAAAUGCGCGAAUCUAUAUGGAAUGAACCUCAAACAUAUGGACUGAAGCCAUCAUAUGUUAAAUUUGAAACAAAAUUUACAGAUAAUGAAUCGUUAAAAACAAAAUUGUUAGACUUACCAAAAGAAUGGUACACAAUUCAAGUUACUGCUCAAUAUGAAUCUCCAACUAUAUUAAGGUACGAAAAACAAAUAUCUAGUGUAAUGCAUGCUGUACAUAUUGCGAUACUUCCUACGGGUACAUCUGACAUGGAACCGUUAUGUAUAACUGUGCCAAAACCUAUGACACAAGUUUCCUAUGAUAUCUGCAAAGAGAUUCAGAAAUUAUUGGAUGGUUACACAUCUGCGCUAAAGACCACUUACACGAAACAUAAGCAAUAUUGGAUGAUGCGUGCAAAUGAAAACCAUAAAAUGAAGAUGGCUAUAAAAGGAUUGGAGAAUAUAUGGUUGAGAGAAUGGAGAGUAUUAUUUAUGGCUGAUCCUAUUGAAAACUUGGAAAUGGUAGAUGAGAUUCAUCAAAUGAUCGACAAAUUAAUAUCAGAUUUCGAGUCUCCCAAUGACAUAUCGAAAAGGUGUACAUGGCUUUUAAAAAAGGUAUCUACAGGUGCAUGUUUCCUUACCCGUGAAGAAAUAGCGCGUGCAAUCAAAUUUCUACUUCCCAAACAUGAAAAACUUGCAAACAACAUCAUUUUAUCUAUUUAUGGAAUGUUAUCAUAUAUAAGGAAACUAAAGAACACAAAACGAAAAACGUUAGUUUUAAUUAUUGAUGAGCAUAUGGAUUACAUAGCAUUUGAAGCCAUGGAAGUUAUUAAGAACCAUCCCGUUACCCGUUUCCCAUCUCUACAUAUAGCAUAUGCAUUAUUCAAAGAACACGAAGCAACUAUAGUGGAUGGUUGUAAAGUAAUUAAAACCAUAGAAGAUAUGGGAAUUUGCGUAGUCAAUCCUUCCGGUGAUCUUGAACAAAUGGAAAAACGUAUGAAGCUUUUUAUGGACUUCUGGUUACCACAGUGGAAAAGUUGUUAUAAUGUGAAACCCACCGAAGAAAUGUUUGAAGACGCGUUAAUAAAUCAUGAUAUUUUAAUGUAUAAUGGUCAUGGAAAUGGCAUAGAAUAUUUAUCUGGAGAGAAUAUUGAAAGAAUGAGAGUAAAAUCUACCGUUUUAUUAUUUGGAUGUAGCAGUGUAAAACUACUUACGAUAGGUGGAAGAUAUCCACCUUAUGGCCUUUCAAAUCAAUAUUUAAUAGCGUGCAGUCCUUGCCUCUUGGGUAUGCUAUGGACGGUAACGGAUGCCGAUAUCGAUAAAAUGACCGCAAACUUUAUGAGUAAUUGGAUUCCUUCUUCUUCAGAGAAAUCGUGGGCUGAGGUAGAUGUGGAUAGUUGGAGUUCUGGUACUCUAAAAUUUACGAAAAACGGAGCAAAGGCCAAAACAAAAAGGGAAUCAGAAAUGUUAAGAGCGGUAGCACAAUCUAAGAAUAGUUGUUCGCAUUACAUGACAGCAGCUGCGAUAGUAGUACGAGGUUUACCAAUAAAAAUAGUUUAAAUGAUAUUAUUGAUUGUAUUUUUGCAACGUUAAAUUUUGAAGUCUUAUAUAAAGCAAUUGUUUGUCGAAAGACAAGACUACAGUAAUCAUUUAUGGAGCAAAAUUAUUAUCUUUUAAUUUUAAUAUUUUAAUACAAAGAUAUCUCGAAGAUGCAUUUUAUAUAAAAACAAUAAAGAUGAG